CUCCUACAGCAGAGUACCGUCAGUCAUUUAUUCCUGACGGGACUCUGCUUUCCUUCCCUUUUCCCGGCAGUAUUACCCGCCCUGCUUAUUAGAUAUUAAUGAGCUUGCCCUUAUAUGGCGCCAGCCAAUCAGCGCCUAGUUUAGAAAGUUUCCAAGAUGGCGGCUGCCACAACAACAAACAUGGCGAAACGUGUCUCCAAAAGCUGUUUAUUUUGUGGAAAGGCCAUCUACGACAGGAACUUUCGAUCAAUAUUCAGCGCUUCUGCCCUUCCACGCUACCCACAGAUUCAAGAAAUCUUGGGAUUUCCUCCCGAUAGGCACGUUUGGACUCAAAAAGGUUUGUCGUGUACUGUGUGCCGUUCUUGCUUUAAUAAAGUCAACAAGUUGGAGAAAAUUGACCAAGACUUAACGACACGACUUCACCGACUGAAAGAGGAAAAGGAAGCGUUGAUCGCGGAAUUGCGACCACAAAAAGCUACCUGUUUUGGUCCCAAUGCCCAGGGCAACGUUGCAGCCGGGGUCAAGACGCCAACUCCGAAGAAAACUGUGCGACCAAAACAAGACACCCGGUUUGGUUCCAAUGUCGGAGUUUCUGUUCACGUUACUCCCGUGAAAGUCGGGGCCAAGAGACCACUGGUGAAAACGCCCACUCCAAAAAAGACAGUGAAGCGGAGUCUGCUGCGAACUCCUGAGAAGACUUACCGCCCCAUUCUACCAGCUGCAACGGCUUCCAACACUGCUGUACAGCAGACUGAGUCUAGAGAAUGUCACAAAUCUACACAGAUUGGGUGGACCCAGGCUCAGGACCCCAUUGGCACAGUGAAGGUGGUCAUCACCUACCCGUCUCAAAAAAUGACAAAGAUUGUGAAGGAUGACAGUACUGCAAAGUACCUCCGUGCUCUUGCCAAAGGUGAACCCGAUAAGAGACUAGCAGGCAUUUUGUACAAAGAUCCCAACCUCAGGCCAUUGCUGCACAGUCAAGUAUGCACCAAGCUGUCACAGGAAUGCACAGCAUUAUGCAGUGACAAGGAGCCAUCAGUGCUAAGGAAGACUGACGUUGAUGGCCUGCUGAACAUUGAUUGGGACACCAUAAUCAGAGAGUGGAAGGAGAGAACUCCCCUCCUCUAUGAAGUUCUUCAAGCAGUAGCAUGCAACACCCACAAGAACAGGAGUGUACAGGACAAGGGAGAAGAAAGGCACUACCCAUCCAUUGGACUUGCUGGCAGUGCCCUUCUGCACCACAGGAACCCAAAGAUGGCCAGUCUCCAAAUGGCAGUGGGCAUGGUGCUGGAAAAGGGAGGCACAACAGAUGAGUCCAUCAGUGUCCUACAACGAAUGAGUGUAACAGUCACCCCCUCAACCUUGUACAGGAAGAGGAAAGAGAUGCUACAGAAACAUCAGGAGAUGAUGGACAGAACUGUUGGGGACUUUGUCCGACAGAAAGAGUUCAAGGCUUCAGCUGAACGGUAUGUAUCAUCCGCUAGUGACACAAGCAAAUAUGAUGGUAUUCCAUCAGUACGGAUGUCACUGUCUACCAGCAGUAUGCCUGCAGUACAGUCAACCCCGAAUGACAUGGAACCUAACAAAUCACUGUAUCGUCUCCCAAAUGAUGCAGGUUUCAGUAUGCCAAUCACGAACCCCAGCUGUAAUCUCUACCCUUUCAUCUGUUCUACUUACACUUCCCCUGCAACAUCAACCCAACACCAUGACUCCUCUUUGAGAAAGCCCUCUGCACAGAGGAGGACAAGUAGUCAAACAGCACUUUCUAUGGAGGCAGAACCAGCCAUGACAUCUGUAAGCUCAUCUUAGCCAGCAAAGCAGUUUGCUGGCUAGGAUGAGCCAGAAGGUGCCAUGGAGACAGUGCAUACAGUCAGUCACACCUGGUUCCCUGGCAAUUUUGCAUCUUCACUGACAGUCGCCACAAGACAUUCGUCAAGCACAAUGGCUGAAGAGAAAAGAACCAAGGCGUACAACAAGAAGCUGUUGGAGAGGAUCAAGGCCAAACCCGUCACGUCUAUUGAAGUUCUUGGAGACAACUUGGACAUCAUGAAGAAACCAUCGGCUAUGACCAUGGA